AACCCACCGGAGGGAGAUUGGUGGCCUUGUUUUAAUCGCCCCAAAGAGCAAAGGUUUAUAUAUAUACAUGAAUGAGGUAUAAGCGGGUCCUCCUCCUUCAUCAAAAUUGUCAAAAUUUUUGAAGUUAUUUUUGGAGCAGUGGAGAUCCAAGGCCUUACUUUAAUGGCCCCAAAGAGCGAAGGUUGAAAAAAAUUUCAGAUGAAGGCCUUUAUAAUCCCCCUGGUUUCGUUUUUCCCGGCAAAGGGGAUUUUCCCUCGCGUUUCUCUUGCUUAGCCCACUACUUGGUUUCUUGGUGGGGAAGGGUCUAGCUAUGAGGUGGGAAAGGGUCCAGCCACUCUCUAGACAGGGCCAAGAUGGAGCUCUGGGAGAGAUGUCUGGGCCCGGUAAGCGGUGGGGUCUUAGUUGUAACGCCAUUAACGAUGGAAGGUAUCUCUAUGUUUUUGGGGGCUAUGGCAAGGACAACUGCCAGACAAACCAUGUGCACGUCUUUGACACUGCAAAACAAACAUGGAGUCAGCCUGUGAUAAAAGGAAGCCCACCCACUCCAAGGGACAGUCAUACCUGUACCACAAUUGGUGACAAUCUUUUUGUGUUUGGGGGUACUGAUGGGAUGAGCCCUCUUAAGGAUUUGCAUAUACUGGACACUUCUUUGCAUACAUGGAUUUGUCCAAGUUUAAGAGGCGAGGGGCCAGAGGCUCGAGAGGGUCAUAGCGCAACCCUCGUUGGCAAACGAUUGUUCGUGUUUGGUGGUUGUGGAAAAUCUAUCAGCAAUAAUGAUGAAGUGUACUACAAUGAUCUCUACAUAUUGAACACAGAGACAUUUGUUUGGAAACGAGCUACAACAUCUGGGACUCCGCCAUCUCCACGCGAUAGCCAUACUUGCUCAUCCUGGAAUAAUAAAGUUAUAGUCCUCGGUGGCGAAGAUGCACACGACUAUUAUUUGUCAGACGUUCACAUCCUUGACACAGAUACUCUAGUGUGGACAGAGUUGAACACUUCAGGACAAUUAUUAACGCCUCGUGCUGGUCAUACAACCAUAACUUUUGAAAAGAGAUUGUUUGUUUUUGGGGGAUUUACCGACGCCCAAAACCUAUACAACGACCUUUAUAUGCUCGAUAUUGAAACCGGUGUAUGGACCAAGAUCACAACUACGGGUGAUGGACCUUGUGCUAGAUUUUCAGUGGCUGGAGACUGUUUAGAUCCUUACAAAGUUGGCGUGCUUGCUCUUUUAGGCGGUUGCAAUAAGAGUCUCGAGGCUCUCGAUGAUAUGUAUUACUUGUUCACAGGACUUGCAAGGGAAAGUGAGAGGAAACCAGAGAAGUUGUCUUUGAGAAAGCAAUUGAAGUUGAAAUGUCAAGAACAGAAUCCAAAUGCUAUUCAUGGAAGAGCUGUGGUUCAAAAUGGAAUUAGUACUGAUUUGUUCCCACCCAUCCCUGUGCAAGCCUAUGAGGUUCCAUACAAACAUGAUGUUCCUUUGAAUCAAUCUCAGCAUCUUCAAGGAAAGAAAAGUUUUCGAGCCAAAGUUACGGAAACCAUACCAAAUGGAUACAUAAUUGAAACCGUUAUCGAUGGGAGACCUCUGCGUGGAAUAUUGUUUUCCAACAGACCAAUCCCUACUAACUUUGCUCAUCAUAGCACUAAUAGGAAGAGGACUUUGGGAGAUAUUGGCACAGUAUCGAAUGGCGAUCACAGCAUCAAGUCAAAGACUUCUCGAUCGACCGAGGAAGAUGAAGUAGAUAAUGGACACGAGGAGGGUAGUAAUGUAAAGGCAUCUACUGUGCACGAACCCGAGAUGGCUGUCACUUCGACUAUGCUCGUAACAGAGCCAGCAUCAUCAGCUGCUUCACUACCAUCUACUAAGGUGAGUUUGAGUCCACAAUUUCCUCCUUUGAGUCUAAAUAGUAUUCCAAUGCACGUUGCAAUGGAUAUCGAUGUUCAAAUUUCUCGAGACACGAAAACAAACGAUGCGCUGGAUUCCAUGGCAGACAUUCAGAAACAAAGUAUUCCAACACCAGCUUCAGACAAAACUAUUUCCUUUUUUCCCGACCGAGAUGACCGAAGACCAGCUGCUGCUUUCGGGGAGACAAUUGAAGUUUCAAAAUGGUCGUGGAAACGAUGAACGAGCGACAAAAUACACUUGUGACGAUAACCAUUAUGCACAAAACCCCUGUAGCCAUGUACAUUCAUAGGAGCGCACAGAUGCACACUAGGAAACUGCUGUGAUCUUACCAUCUUCUAACACAUCUACAUCAUAUCAUGACGAAUCCUUUCAUUGAUUUUGUGCUGAUUCGAGUCGUGCACAUAACACUAGUCUGUCCAUUUGAAUCAGCCACUCGCUCGGUCCUUCGUCGCAGCCUCUUACAGACUGUCAUUCUCAUUCGAGGAGGAAACAACCGUCGUUUAGCUAGCUUUGCUCACUUUCAGCACGUUCUAGUUGCAUCCUCUUGUGUACAUGGAAAGAUUAGUCCCAUGGAGAAGUAGAUAGGUAUUAUGUAAUGCCAUCAAUAGCCCUGUAGGGGGUGUGUAUGUAGGUGUAUGUACUGUUCGAUUUUUUUUAGUAGAGUUGAGAGAUCGAACCAAUUGGUUCGGUUCAAUUU